UUUACUGUCCAAGCAAUUCCUUUUUCAAACAUUCAAUUCUUCUUUUUUUUGGUUUAGACUGGAUUAUUAUGCCAUUGAUCUCAAGUUGAUUUAUGUUUACCCCAAGCGCCCCAUUAUAGAUCGAAUCAAUUGAAUAAGAACGACUGACUUGUUGUUCGAAAUCAUCAUAAUCACUUUGCUCACCUUUAUUCGAGUCGUUGAAAAUUAGAUUAAUGUCUUCUCCGAAAUUCUACCACUAGCUACUUUUCAUCUUCUAAGCUUUGUGAAUUCCUCACUAAUCUUCACUACUACUUCUUUAUUGUAAAAAAAGGGAGAAAAAUUAUGCUUCAUAACUGUGACUGUGACGAGGAAUCGAAGUUGUAUACUUACUAGAAAAAUGGAGCAGGGUCGUGUUGUUCAUGAGCGUUCUCUGGAUGCUGGUGCAGGAGGCGGCGGCAGGGAGGACGAGCGGGACGACCCAGAGAGCACCGGUGCACCUGCAGUGGAGCAAGAUUUCGUCCUUUCUGAGGUUGACGAGGACAUUAACGUCGAGCUGGCAUCAAACGACGAGGUUGCUACAAGUGCGAUUGCCAGCGAUGAGAAAGAAGAGAAAAGCGCUGACGGAGGAGCUUUAGUUAAUGGAGGGGCAAAGGACAGCACGAUAGAGGAGCAGAAGCCUGACGAUAGUACCUCUACUAAGGUCGAGAGUGCUAGGGCCACUGACCGCGUGCAAGAACGAGCGGACGUCGACGCCGCAGGUGAGGUCACUGAACAGGGCCGUAAUAGUGUUGAUGCUGUUCCAGAAACAAAUGAUCAAAAUGAUGACCCAACAACGCUUGUCGUGCCCGCGACUGGCGGGACGGCUGCAGCGCCAUCUGUCAACUCGAACACCGAACCUGCUACGUCCGGCGCAGCUACUAACCCCACCAUCCAGGGGCAUGCUGUGACAGCACCAGCACCAGAUGUACAAGGUUAUUCCAGUGGCCUACAUUUGUUGGGGCAACAUCAACAGGGAACCGGAGAAACACCCGUUUCUCGGCAGGACGAGGAAGAUGAGAUUACAUAUUCGUGGUCGCGUGAAG